CUCUCUUCCCCCAAUUCCUACCAUUUUCCCCCAAUAUCUUCUUCUUCUUCUUCUCCCACACUUCUCUCUCAUAUUCAGGAACUGGCGGCGUUAAGUCAGGAAAUUCUGGAGGAUUCUCUAACGAAAGGGGUGGUGACCGCCCUGUAUGACGCCUUGAACCGCCGCGACUCGGUGGCAAUCCAGCAGAUCCUCGCCCCGGACCUCGAGUGGUGGUUCCACGGCCCCCCUACCCACCAAUUUUUGAUGCGCCUCCUCACCGGCGUCCAGGAAUCCAACUUCCGCUUCCUCCCCCACAGCAUCUCCGCCUUCGGCCCCACCGUCCUCGCCGAGGGUUUCGACCAGUCACGCUCCAUUGCCUGGGUCCACGCCUGGACCGUCUCCCCCGAUGGGAUAAUCACCCAGCUCCGUGAGUACCUCAACACUUCCCUCACCGUCACCCGAAUCGGUAACUCCGAUUGCACCACCACCACCACCACCACCACCGGCAUUGUGUCCCUCCAUUGCCCCUCUGUUUGGGAGAGUAGCCUCCCGGAUCGGGUCGGCAAAUCCGUGCCGGGUCUCGUGCUUGCCAUUUAAAAAGAUUCCCAUUUUAGCCCUUCGGUCACGUGCUUUUUAAGUCUAUUUAUUAUUAUUAUAAAAUAUAUAAAUAAUAUUUAUUGUGAGAUAAGAAUAAAGAGUGUGUGAUAAAUCGCGUGUGCGUGUGUGUGUUGUUUGGCCAUGGGCUGAGGGAGUAUAUACCGUUAGAUCCUGCGAUGUGAAAUUUAACGGCUGGGAUUGAAUUUCGGGGUAGUGAUCAGCUGCUUUGCUUCUUUAGUUCAAAGUUUCGCGGAGUUGAGAUGGUGACUAAUACGAUGAGGAUCGUGGGACCCACUUGCAACGUUGAUUUCGUGUUGUUUGAUUGUGUGUGUGUUUUGUGUGACCUUCCGUUUGUAAUAAAACCACUUUAUAAAUUUGAUGAUUGGUUAAUGAAUGAAUUGUUUUCUAUCUUUC